AUGUAUGUUAUUGGAAUUAAAAAUCCAAAAAUUCGACAAGCAUUGUUAAAAGAACAAGAUCCUGAUUUAGCUACAACUGAAAAGAUAAUUCAAUUAGCUGAACGUUUACAGGAAGAUGUUCGUCACUUUGGUAAUCCAGUUACUCAUACAGAUUUUACCGUGGCAAAGCUACAUAAACACCAAUCAAAACCAUACAAACAGCAACAUAAUUUAUAUAAAAAAGAAUCGUAUCAAUCAUGUGGAACAUAUGGUUCAAAUAAUCAUCUUCGUUCACAAUGCAAAUACCGUGAGUUUAUAUGUAAUUUUUGCAAACGUUCUGGUUAUUUAGAAAAAGUAUGCCGGCAAAAGAAACAAAACAUUUCUUCUACGAAGUAUAUUACAACUAUUUACAAAUUAAAAUCUUCGAAGAAAUCGAAACAAUCAACCGAAUAUUCACCGACAAUUCUAUUAAAAGUCAAUGGUAAUGAUUUUAAAUAUUGA